AUCAACACUGCUCUCAGCAAGUGUGACUAAGUCAUUAACAUGAUUAAAACUUAUAGCUAAAUACCCGUGUUUUUACAGAGCCCAAGAGUGGUAAAAAGCAAAGUUGCUUCCCCAGCAGCAUGAUAAAACCACACAAUCUAGCAAUCCACCAUUGAUCAUUCUCAGGUGUCUCAGUGAGCCAAGCGUAGGAGAAGGUGGAGCUUCUUGUUCCAAGAUGAGCUGCAGCUUUCCGUGGGGAUCCUUCUGCUUCUUCUUGGUUGUGCUAUGCUUGCCAGAUUCCAAUAUCUCCACGUCCUCCCAUGGCUGCUUCGUGGAGGAGAGGACGGCGCUGAUGGACAUCGGCUCCUCUCUGACGCGCUCAAAUGGCACGGCGCCGCGUUCAUGGGGCCGCGGCGACGACUGCUGCUUGUGGGAGCGCGUCAACUGCAGCAACAUCACUGGGCGAGUAUCACAUCUCUAUUUCUCAAACCUGUAUGAUUCUAAUGAAGUGCUAGAUGCACUCGGUCACUCGUUUUGGCGUUUCGACACAACGGUCUUCUCUUCAUUCCCGGAGCUUCAGUUCCUGGAUUUGUCCAUGAACAAUGCUACUUUCCAGAGCUGGGAUGGUUUACUAGGAUUGACCAAGCUUCGGUAUCUCAAGCUCAAUAACAACUGCUUGAAUGGUACUAUCCCGGCAUCUAUUGGGAAAUUGGUUUCCCUGGAAGUCUUGCAUCUUCAGUUUACUGGCGUUGGUGGAGUACUUCCGUCUUCAGUUUUUGAAAGUCUUCGGAACCUGCGGGAAUUGGAUUUAAGUUCCAAUCGACUAAAUGGAAGCAUUCCUUCAUCAUUGUUCUCACUUCCUCGUCUUGAGCACUUGAGUCUCUCACAAAAUCUCUUUGAGGGGAGUAUUCCUGUGACACUGUCUUCAAAUAUUACGUCAGCGUUAAAGACAUUCAAUUUUUCAAUGAAUAAUUUGAGUGGUGAAUUUUCCUUCUUCUGGCUGAGAAACCUCACCAAGCUCCAAAAGAUAGAUGUCUCAGGAAAUGCUAAUUUGGUUGUUGCGGUCAACUUUCCUAGCUGGUCACCUUCAUUCCAACUGAAAGUGCUAGUCCUCUCUGGCUGCAACCUUGAUAAGAACAUUGUUAGAGAACCAAUUUUUUUACGCACACAGCAUCAACUAGAAGUGCUUGAUUUGUCGAAUAACAGCCUGUCUGGGAGCAUGCCCAAUUGGUUAUUUACAGAGCAAGCCACAUUAGUUUACCUUAAUCUUGGAAAUAACUCACUAACAGGGUCAUUAGGUCCAAUAUGGUAUCCCCAAAUGAAUCUACAAGCUAUCAGUCUUCCUAUGAACCGUAUCUCCGGACAUCUACCGGCUAACAUCAGCUCAGUAUUUCCAAAUAUGAGUUUUCUUGAUGUUUCUAGCAAUACGAUUUCUGGAGAAAUACCAUCAUCAUUGUGCAACAUUACUAGAAUGGAAUACCUGGACCUAUCAAAUAACAGUCUUUCAGGAGAAUUGCCUAAUUGCUUGCUCACUGAAUAUCCUAUACUGACAACCUUGAAGGUCUCAAACAACAAACUUGGUGGCCCCAUAUUUGGUGGUACGAAUCAUUUGUCGAUCAAACAUGCAUUAUACCUUGAUGGCAACAAAUUUGAAGGAACACUGCCGCGAUAUCUAACAGCAGAUUUCGAUGCUCAUGGAACAUUGGAUUUGCAUGACAAUAAUUUAUCAGGUAAACUCGAUUUUUCACAAUGGAACCUUUCCACUUUAUGCACCUUGAGUCUUGCGGGCAAUAGUCUAAUCGGUGAAAUCCAUCCAAGCAUUUGCAAUUUGACAAGAAUUAUGCUUUUGGAUCUAUCUCAUAACAACCUUUCAGGGGCUAUACCAAACUGUAUGACCGCAUUAGAGCUUGAUUUUUUUAUCGUCUCUCAUAAUUCUUUGUCCGGACAUAUAGUACCUUUUUCUUUCUUCAAUAGCUCUACUGUCAUGGCUUUGGAUCUCAGUCACAACCAAUUCAACGGAAACAUUGAAUGGGUACAAUAUCUAGGUGAAAGUAAGUACCUUUCACUGGGCAGCAACAAGUUUGAAGGGCAGAUAUCUCCCAGCCUUUGUCAGCUCCAGUCUUUAAGGAUACUUGAUUUCUCACACAACAGUCUAUCAGGGCCAUUGCCAUCAUGUAUUGGAAACCUCUCAUUUGGACAAAAUCCAGUUGGUAUCCCUUUAUGGUCGCUAAUCUGUGAGAAUCACUUUAGGUACCCAAUUUUCGAUUACAUCGGAUGCUAUGAAGAAAGAGGCUUCAGCUUCCGUACUAAAGGCAACAUUUACAUAUACAAACACAAUUUCAUCAAUUGGAUGUCUGGCAUCGACUUAUCUGCAAACAUGUUGUCUGGACAAAUUCCCAGGGAGUUGGGAAAUCUGGGACAUAUCAAGGCCCUCAAUCUGUCCUACAAUUUCUUUGCCGGACCAAUCCCAGCAACCUUUGCAAGCAUGAGUUCAGUUGAAAGCUUAGACCUAUCCCACAACAAGCUGAGUGGAGCAAUACCAUGGCAGUUAACUCGUUUGUCAUCACUGUCCGUGUUCUCAGUGAUGUACAACAACUUAUCAGGAUGUAUACCAAACUCUGGUCAGUUCGGCUCAUUUGAUAUGGAUAGCUACCAAGGAAACAACCUCCUACACCCAGCGUCAGAAGGGAGCGAGUGUGCUCCCAGUUCAGGUCAUUCGCUACCGGAUGAUGGAGAUGGAAAGGGAAAUGAUCCAAUCCUUUACGCGGUCACUGCUGCCUCGUUCGUAGUGACAUUUUGGAUUACUUUCGCAUUCACAAGCUUCCGAAUGUAGAGCUUCAGAUUUUUUAAUACUUACUUUGUCCUAUUUUAAGCGCAGCCAUGAGUUUCCGUGUCUAACUUUAAUUGUCGGUCUUAUUUAAAAAAAAAUCAUGAUUAAUAUUUUAUUGUUAUUAGAUGAUAAAACAUGAAUAAUACUUACUUAUGCUUUUUAAUUUUUUCAGAAAAAAUCAAUCAAAAUUAGACACAGAAACUUAUAGUUGCGCUUUAAAUAGGACGGAGGGAACAGCUACUAGUACCAUCCAACAUUCUACUCGUACUGUUCACUCAAACGUAUAUUAUUUCCUAAAGAAAAUGUAAUCUUGCAUAUGUGCUACUGAAGUAACUUUUUUUUCCUUGUCGACAGUAGAGACACGUAUGCAAUAUGGCCUUACCGUUUAUAAACUCUUAAUUAGCUAUCAACAGAAGCUGUGGUUUAACCCUUCCAAAAAGUACUCUCAACAAAAGCGGUCAACAAAUGCUUCCGGUGAGAGUCCUUUUUGGAAGGAGCGGGAGCUUCUAUUGAUAGGUUUAGAGAUUUUGUGUGCCGUGCGCACGUUGGAGAAGAAAAAGGCACUUUCUGACUUUGGGGGGUGUUUAGAUUCAAGGGUGUAAAGUUUUGACGUAUCACAUCAGAUAUUAUAUACUCCCUCCAUCCUAUAAUAUAGCAACCUAGUACCGAACGAGACACUUCAUAGUACAACGAAUCCGGACAUACUUCCUGCCCAGAUUCGUUGUACCAUGAAGUGUCUCAUCCGG